GCGUUUCAUUGUUUAGCUGCAGCAGCAGAUUAGUAACACAAAGAAAGAGUUAAGAUUGUAAUCUUGGAAGAUGCUUGACUUGUGUAAGUCAGACUGAUGAAGCCUCAGUGUUAACUUUGGUUGAACUUUAGAUUCCCUCUUUGCACAAAAAGAGGAUUGUGGUUGUCCCCCAUCACCUUGAAAGCACACUAGGGAGAGAUCUCAUGAACGGCUAGUAUGCGCAGGAGGACUGAUUACAGCAAGCAACAAAUAUUUCAGCAUUCAUAUGAGCACUUGACUAUAAUUUUAAGACAGACUUGAGAAAUUGUGAACUUGUCCUUUAAAGCUUUCAUCCUGAGUAAAAUCAGUGAAUAGGCAGUGUUUCAGCAUCUUGCACAAGGGCACCUCUGCAGGACAGAUAUUCACUGCUGGACUCAAACCUGUGCUCAGAUUGAGCAGGUCACUAUAUCCACACUUUUUGCUUUACAUACAGAAAACACAGCUAGAGAUUCAGAACUCUUCAUACACACUUGAAAUGUUCUGAUUUGCGUCACAGAAGCACUACAGAGUGACACAGAGCGAUCAGAACAGCCUCGUCGCUGACAGUUAACCUAGUGAAUGAGCAUGAGCAAUAACAGAGUCAGGCGGCUAGCUCCCCCAGGAGGAGUCGCUGAAAUCUGAUGAAGAUGAAGGUCAUCUCCCAGUCAGACCUGUUCAGCUUUGCUCUCAGCGGAAACCUUAAGCCCCGUGCUGGAUGAAUGGAGAGGAAAACAACAGACUGCACUGCUUUUGUGCCUCUGACAACUAUUCUUGAAAGAUAAGUUUGCUCUGUAGAUUAUGGUGAGGAAAGAGAGGGAAACUUUUUUUUUUAAAUGUUUUUAUGAGUGGAGUUAAAGUAGAUUUAAUGUUCUUUGGUGUUUGGGUGGAUUUCAAGGGAACAGGAAAAGAAAGAGGGGGGGAAGGGAAGGAAAGUGGGGUUUCGGGUAAUUAGAAGUCAGGUCCCGUUGACAGACGUUGGCUCAAGCUGGCGGUUUGACCGGCCAGAGGUCCUGGUCUGAUUCUCCUGCUGUGGAGGGGAGCUGGGGGCGUGCCAGGACAUUCCGCGUGUCACUUUCUGUACAGCCAGCCCACUUCUUUUUUAUUUUGUGAUUUCCUUUAAGGAAAAAAAAAAGUAAGCAGACUAGAAGGAAGUACUAUUGCUCACUUGCUCCUUUUUCAUUCAGUCAGUUCAGAGAGACGGGAGAGGAUUGUGUGUGUCUAUCUACCACUAUCACUGAAGUUUGAAUCAUUUUUUAUGAGGAAACUUUGAGUUUUUUUUUUAAUUUCAAAAUGGACUGUUGCAAAAUGCAGGAAGCAGCAGAGUACAACAUGAAAAUGCAUCCCAUGUGGCAGGGACCCCUCGCGGUACCCGGAGGCGAUCGCCAGUCUCCCAUCGACAUCGUGGUGCGAAAGAGCGUCUUUGACUCGCAGAUGAAGCCUCUGGUCACCGACUACGACCCGCAAACCUGCCAGCAAAUCUGGAACAACGGUUACUCCUUCCUGGUUGAGUAUGAUGACACCACAGACAAGUCCAUGCUGAAAGGUGGCCCCCUGCAAGACAAAUUCAGGCUGUGUCAGUUCCACUUCCACUGGGGUGAGAACAACACCUGGGGGUCAGAACACACCGUGGACAGGAGGCUGUUUCCCGCAGAGCUCCACUUGGUCCACUGGAACUCUGACAAGUACAGUCUGUUUGAGGAGGCAGUGAUGGAGGACAAUGGGCUGGCUGUUAUCGGAGUCUUUCUUAAGGUGGGGAAGAGACACGAGGGGCUGCAGAAACUGGUUGACGCUCUGCCUGCAAUCAGACACAAGGACAGUGUAGUUGAGUUUACCAGGUUCGAUCCUGCCUGUCUGUUACCCAGCAACACUGAUGACUACUGGACGUACCACGGCUCUCUGACAACACCUCCUCUGACAGAGUCUGUCACCUGGAUCAUUAUGAAGCAGCACAUAGAAGUCAGCCACGACCAGCUGGCGGUCUUCCGGAGCCUUCUGUUCACCUCGGCUGAGGAGGAGGUACAGAAGAGCAUGGUGAACAACUUCCGCGUGCAGCAGCCUCUCCGGGGUCGCACCGUCCGCUCCUCCUUCACCCCCUUCCUACAGGAGUCGCCGUCAGCCGAAGGCGACAAUCACACCCACUGACGCUGCUAGAACCAGUACACACAUCCUCUCACACAGUAACACAUGACCACCGUUACACACAGUAACCGUACCAAAACUACUGUCCACAAACUUUGUUCCGUCACAGCACAAUGUUGCUGAUAUGAAUAUUUGCAGCUGAAAACAUACUUUACGGUAUGACAACGUUUCCUCCGAGGAACCUCAGUUACGCUAAACGCUGUUCCUCUGUCAUCGAGUGAAAAGAUUUUUUUAAUUGACAAACAGUUAACAGUUAUACAUAGAGGAUGUAGGAAGACACGUAUUUCUGCUUAGUCGAGAUUUUAAAUUUUUCUUUAGAUUUUUCAGAUUUUGGUUUGACUCACCAAUAACCAAUAAGGGAUGGUUGCUGUGGGGAAAAUAUGUAGUUUUACUGAUUUUUAUUAACAUGAAUUGUAUUUAUUAUAAAUCUACGGUUUAUUGAGUUACUAUACAUAAGGUUGUACCUGCAACUUAAGGUAAAAAAUAAGCUGAAGGUGCAAACUCAACUGUACUGUGUGCAGGCCACAGUCUUUACUUCAGCAGAGUCUGCUCUGACUUCCCGGUGGUGAUGGUUUUAUCCAUAUAAGGAGGCUGGAGCUGCUGCCAGUUUACAGCACAACACCCAGGAGAUUUGAACAUACUAGAGUUCUCAUCUGGGUAGUGUCUCUCCAGCACAAUACAUAUAUUUCAAAUGUCAAGCUUUUUAUACCACAAUGUCACUUUUUAAGUCUUUUAUGGAUGCUCGUUGGGUUUAUGGCUGAUUUAGUCAUCUAUACAUUAUUAAGAGGAACAGAAUGUAUGUUUUCUCAAUCUGUUACAAAUAGGUUUCGCUGUAUACAAUACAUCUCAAUAUUUUUAUUGCAUUUGUUUUCUACAGUAAAGGAACUCUAUUAAGCCUUGGUUCUUCUGUUCAGAAGAAUGUUACCAAUACGCACAAACAUGCCAAGAUACUGUAGUAUUUUAGGAAUAUUCUGAUUGAAAUGAGCAGUUCUUCUUCCAUAACUCUGUCUUACUUCAGUCUCAUGUAUCAUAACCACAGUGCCUUACAUGUUGUCUGCAUGACUCACUGCUAUCGGCAGAGGUUCCCCCAAACACAAUCUGAGCAUGAGAAGUAUCUCUGUUCCAUACCUGUUCUCUACAGCUACAGUUCAAGCACAGCACGUGACGUCUGCUCACAGUAACAUUUGAGACUCAGCUGAUGUUUACUUAGGGGAAGAAACUCUUCACCUCAUUCUUCUUCGUUUGAAAGAAGUAAGUCAGUGAUUGAAAGCAGAGCUCCUUCAUCGUCACAUGGCUGUGCUUCAGACAGUCAGCUGAGGAACAUUGUAGAGGAAUCAGGUAAACCUGGACCUGCUUAAACAUCCAGGUCGACUCAUUGAAUCGGGCUGAUAUUGAAAAAGAUCUGCUAUCUUCAUCCGUCUGUCUGGUUUUGUCAGUUUUCUGUCCUCUCAUGUUUGUUUAUUUUUGUGAAAAAUUAAUCAGAGUAGCAUGAUAGGACAAAUUAAAUUAAGCUGUUUCCGGUUCAGGAAAAUGGUGAAAAGAAUCACAAAUGUUAUGUUGAGACUCCUAACUAGUCUGAACUUCUACCAUCUUUAUUUUAAAAUAAAGUGAAAAUGCACAAAGGA